UUUAAGAGAUUCGCGCAAAUUUUAGCAUCAUAUUUGUUUGUUCUUAAAGAUUAAACAUAAAACAAAAUGGAUUUCGAGCAAAGCGCCUAUAAUUUGGAGUUCUUCAAUUUUACGCCUGAACAAAUUUCCUUGGAGCGCGAAAAUCUGGUGCAAGCGCUCGUUGGCAAAGCUGUUGAAUCGACCAUUAAGAAGAUUGAAACGCCUGCCACAUCCGUGCUGCUGAAUGAGCAAAAGGACAAAGUGAUAAGUCUCAUGCAGAAAUCCGUUCAGGCGAAACUAGAUCACAUGCACGAGUUGGAUAAAACUAACUUUCAGGUUCCGUCGCAUGUCCUGAACAUCAAGGACUUUGAGCUGGAACAGAACUUCACCAGUGCCGAGGAGGAAGCAAAGGCUGCCGAAAUGGAGGAACUGAAGCUGCGCUAUCGGCAGAAUCUAGCCAUGCUGGCUGAGCUGGAGGCGGAGCAGGCAAGGUUCACGGCCAUUGAGCCGCUCAUUGAGCAAGAGCAGGAAAUGCAUCAGAAGAUCUACGAUGCAUGCGCCAAAUCGGAAAUUAAGAAGUUAUACAAACUUGCAGCUAAUAUGGCAAAUGAUCAGCAGCCACUUUGAGUGUCUCUUAAGUGUAUCUCACUCUCUCCUGUAUUCCAUAUGUCAUUAAGUAUUUAUCAUUAAGCAGCAAUGUAAUGAACACACAAAUAGGCUAGCUAUAAAAUAUUUAUUUGAAAACACAGUGGUUUCGAAAUUGUUCAUUUUUUAUACCCUUGCAGAGUAUGUUUUAGUUUGGUCAUGAAAUGUGUCUAACCCAUUAUGGGAUUAUGUUAAUAUAUGCUUAGUCAUUAUUUAAGACUGAGUUGAAUUGAAUGUGAACUAAUCUUCCAUUUCAAAUAGUCUACCAUUUACUGUAAUUUUGAAGUUUUUAAUUGAAACAUAAAUUUUGAGCUAAAUGCUGCUCCUAACGCAUAAGCAACAAUGUCUGUAUGAAACAGGAAAUAGAACCUAAAUCUGGAAGGGUAUAAAAAAUUCGUGAAACCGAAAAAGACUCAUCUUGUUAUGUUCUUAAGUUAUUUGUGAAACGAUCCGUGUAUAUAUAAAUAUAUAUAUAAUAUAUACACUCUCAGCA